UCCAUUUCUCUCACUCUCUCUCGUUGCGGUCCGACCCCGCUCCUCCUCCGCUGGCAGCGCAAAAUAAGAAGGCUACGGUGCACAAUUCCGGCGGAGCUGGGGCGACGGAGAUGGGCCAGGCCCCGAGCUGCGGCCGCUCGAGCCACGACCACAACUUCUUUAAGGCCGUGGAGGGCGGGGACUUGGCAAUGGUGGAGUCCUCGCUGAGGAUGGAUCCCGAGAUCCUCCACCAAUCAACUCUCUACGAUCGUCUCUCCCCACUCCACAUAGCCGCGGCCAAUGGGCGACUCGAGAUCCUUUCUAGAAUUCUGGAUCGAUCUGUUCAUCCGGAUCUCCUUAACCGGCAUAAACAAACUCCUUUGAUGCUGGCUGCCAUGCAUGGCAGGAUCGCCUGCUUGCAAAGGCUCCUCCAAGCUGGCGCAAAUAUUUUGAUGUUUGAUUCGUUGCACGGAAGAACUUGCCUGCAUUAUGCUGCAUAUUAUGGCCAUUUGGAUUGCUUGCAAGCGAUUCUGGCAGCUGCUCGGUCCACUCCGGUAGCUGAUUCAUGGGGAUUUGCCCGUUUUGUGAAUGUAAGAGAUGGCAAUGGGGCAACACCAUUGCACCUUGCCGCAAAGCAAGGGUGGCCUAAUUGUCUCCACAUUUUAUUGGGUAAUGGGGCUUUAGUCAGUGCACCAACUGGUAGAUACAGCUACCAAGGGAGCACCCCUCUUCACUUGGCAGCUCGCGGGGGAUAUCUGGAUUGUGUUCGGGAAUUGCUUGCAUGGGGAGCUGAUAGAAAGCAAAGAGACUCAUCUGGGAGGAUACCAUAUAUUGUUGCAUUGAAGAGAAAGCACCGGGCUUGUGCGGCUCUACUCAACCCAUUGUCAGCAGAGCCUCUGGUUUGGCCUUCUCCACUAAAGUUUAUGAGUGAACUCAAGCCAGAUGCAAAGGCACUGUUAGAAGCAGCUCUCAUGGAUGCUAACAGGGAAAGGGAGAAGAACAUACUGAAAGGGACCACAUAUUCAUUGCCAUCCCCUGUCCAUUGGGAAGGCGAGAUCGAUAAUGAUAAUGCCUCUGAGGCCACUGACAUGGAGCUUUGCUGCAUCUGCUUCGACCAAAUCUGCACCAUCGAGGUCCAAGACUGCGGGCACCAGAUGUGUGCCCAUUGUACAUUAGCUCUUUGCUGCCACAGCAAACCCAAUCCUUCAACCUUGUGUUUAUCUGCUCCUCUCUGCCCCUUCUGCCGGAGCAGCAUAGCCCGAUUGGUGGUUGCAAAAACCAAGAUCAAGGAGGAGGGGGACAAGGACAGUUUCUCAAAGCCAUGUAAAUUGAGAAAGUCUCAGAACUCGAACAGUGAAGGAAGCAGUAGCUUCAAAGGCUUGUCUUCAGCUGUGGGCUCGCUUGGAAAGAUGGGCAGCCGGGGGUCAGGAAAGAUAGCUGAUGGUUGUGAUAUGAUGGACAAGCCUUAAACUUUCGGCACUCAUCUGGUGGAUAUCAAUGCCAAGGGACCUCCCUAUCAAAUUAUAGAGGAUUCGAUUCCUUGUGUAUAUUUUGGCAUAGGAAAAAUAAUCAGCAGUCUUCUUCUUGCAGUUCUCGGGGUUGGUAUGGUAUUUUGCUGCAAAGCCCAGAGCCUAAUUCCUUUUGGGUAGAAAUAUAAAGGUCCCCCGAAGAAAAUCGUGAUGUACAAUAUACAAGGAAAGUUGCCCCUUAAUGGGGGACUCACAUGGCGUCCUUGAACGUGUCAAACUGUAUAAGCUUUACCUGUCUUCUUUCAACCAUCUAAGGAGAGUGCAAGGGUGUUCCAUUUCA